AGGUGCGUGAAAGCGCGUCGCCCAGUACCUUGCAGACGUGGGCCCGCCAUGGAGCACAUCCGCACACCCAAGGUCGAAAAUGUCCGCUUGGUAGAUCGACUAUCUUCUAAAAAAGCAGCCCUAGGUACUUUGUAUUUGACGGCUACUCAUGUCAUAUUCGUGGAAAAUGCAACUGACACCAGAAAAGAAACAUGGAUUCUUCACAGUCAGAUUUCCACCAUUGAAAAACAGGCAACAACUGCUACUGGAUGCCCUCUGCUUAUUCGUUGCAAGAACUUUCAGCUAUUACAACUCAUCAUACCGCAGGAGAGAGACUGCCAUGAUGUGUACAUCUCUCUGAUCCGCCUUGCAAGGCCAGUGAAAUAUGAAGAGUUAUACUGCUUUUCAUUCAACCCCAAGCUGGAUAAAGAAGAAAGAGAACAAGGGUGGAUGCUGAUUGAUCUCAGUGAUGAAUACAAGCGCAUGGGCCUCCCAAAUGAUUAUUGGCAGCUCAGUGAUGUGAAUAGAGACUACAGAGUUUGUGAUUCUUACCCGACUGAACUGUACGUUCCCAAAUCAGCCACAGCGCAUAUCAUAGUGGGAAGUUCCAAAUUCCGGAGCAGACGGCGAUUUCCUGCCCUUUCUUACUACUAUAAAGAUAACGACGCCUCCAUCUGCCGGAGCAGCCAGCCCCUGUCAGGCUUCAGCGCCCGGUGCCUGGAGGAUGAGCAGAUGCUCCAGGCCAUCAGGAAAGCCAAUCCAGGAAGCGACUUCAUCUACGUCGUUGACACUCGACCUAAACUUAAUGCCAUGGCAAAUCGUGCUGCAGGGAAAGGCUAUGAGAACGAAGACAAUUAUUCUAACAUCAAGUUUCAGUUUAUUGGGAUAGAGAACAUCCAUGUCAUGAGAAACAGUCUGCAGAAAAUGCUGGAAGUGUGUGAACUUAAAUCUCCCUCCAUGAGUGACUUUCUGUGGGGACUAGAGAACUCUGGCUGGUUAAGGCACAUUAAGGCCAUCAUGGAUGCAGGAAUCUUCAUUGCAAAGGCAGUUUCAGAGGAAGGGGCAAGUGUGCUUGUUCACUGUUCUGAUGGCUGGGACAGAACCGCUCAGGUGUGCUCGGUGGCCAGCCUGCUGCUGGAUCCGCACUACCGGACUCUGAAGGGCUUCAUGGUAUUAAUUGAAAAGGAUUGGAUUUCCUUUGGUCAUAAGUUUAAUCACAGAUAUGGCAAUCUUGAUGGUGAUCCAAAAGAAACCUCUCCAAUUAUUGACCAGUUCAUUGAGUGUGUCUGGCAGUUAAUGGAACAAUUUCCCUGCGCGUUUGAGUUCAAUGAGAGGUUUCUGAUUCACAUUCAACAUCACAUUUAUUCCUGCCAGUUUGGAAACUUCCUAUGCAACAGCCAGAAAGAGAGACAAGAACUCAAAAUUCAAGAAAGAACAUACUCUUUAUGGGCUCACCUGUGGAAGAAUCGGGCCGACUACAAGAAUCCUCUAUUUAGAGCUGAUCACAGUCAGACCCAGGGAACCCUUCAUCUCCCCACACCACCAUGCAACUUCAUGUACAAGUUUUGGAGUGGAAUGUAUAACCGCUUUGAAAAGGGACUGCAGCCCCGACAGUCAGUUACAGAUUACCUCAUGGCAGUGAAGGAGGAAACCCAGCAGCUGGAGGAAGAACUCGAGGCCCUAGAAGAAAGGCUGGAAAAAAUCCAAAAAGUCCAGUUAAAUCGCAGUAAAGUGAAGAGUAAGCCAAAUGAACCCAACAAACACUCAGGCUUUUCUACCUCAGACAACAGCACAGCCAACACUCCUCAGGAUUACAGUGGGAAUAUGAAAUCAUUUCCAUCCAGGAGCCCUUCACAAGGCGAUGAAGAUUCAGCUCUUAUUCUAACCCAAGACAAUUUGAAAAGCUCAGAUCCAGAUCUGUCAGCCAACAGUGAUCAAGAGUCUGGGGUGGAGGAUUUGAGCUGUCGGUCUCCAAGUGGAGGGGAGUGUGCACCAAGCGAGGACAGUGGCAAGGACCGGGAUUCUGACGAAGCUGUGUUUCUCACUGCCUGAAGUUUCCCUUUGGAGUUCCAAAAUAAAGGACACACACUUUCCAAAAAUAAGGGAACAGUGCAAUUUAAAAUAAAAAAAAUAAAUAAGAAUGGUGCGUGUCAUUGAGAACUGAAAAAUGUAGCAAUGAAAAGGGGGGUAAAAGUCCAACUCUUAGUUUCUUUAGAUGUUAAAGAACAGGAAGUAGCCAUUUUUUUUAUCAAAUAAAUAUUAAGGAAAUUCCCCAUUUUGAAAAUCAUUCUAGACUAUGAAAUUUUAUUCACUACAAAGCAAUGACCUCCACCAUCACCUGAGGUUAUCAAUACAAAUCUUCCUCGUCGUAGCAUGCAUCUGCUCAAAAAAUGCCCUGACCCCUUUGCCUCAUACUUUAUAUUGCCUUCAGUCUUUCCCCUUAUUUCACUUCCUGAUGCAUAUUUGUUUUCUAAAACAUUUGAUGUUACCUGCCUACCUGACUCUGUCAUCAGUAUUUUUAAUAACAAAGCACAUUGCUGAGAUGCACCCUUUUUGGUUAAUACAUAUAUUUCUGUAAUUGAGAAGCUUUGUAAUUGCUUAAGUUUAUCUUUGUUUUAAUGAUCACUUUAACUUUUCCUUAAAUAUAUUUUGAAUUAUAAUAAUUUUGUUGCCUUUUCCUAGAAUCUCUUAAACGUUUAAAACAUGUUAAAACUUCUAACUCACUUUUUCUCUAACACAGGUCUAAUACCUAAUAAAGUAGACACAACAUUUAUUCUCUAGAUCUUAAAUAUGAAUGCACAUCAUAUUAGCUUUUUUAUUUACAACCUUUCAUUACUAUUCCAGAGACUACAUUACCAAGACAGUGUGGGCCAACCACCAGCUUGAAACCUGAAGUGUAACAAUAUAAAGUUAGUAGAUAACAUUUCAACAAGGGAAAAUCUCAGUUAAGAACUAGAGAAUUUGUUAUUUCUAUUUAACCAGUAGAAUAAGUUCUGUCAUCAAUCAUUUUAGAAAUAACUGGUUAAUAUGGUUUAAGUAAUAUUAAUAACAUGACAAUCACUGACUAAAUUAGUUUUGAAAAGUGUUUUGCUAAAAUGUACAUCUGAAGCAUAAUCAUUCCCGUCUAUUAAUAAAAAAAUGGGACUUUACUGGUGACUAAACUUUUGAUCUGAAGAAACUUAGUGGAGAAAGUUACUAUGUUUUGAUGGAGGUAAGUAACAUUCACACCAUAGUUUUCAAUUAUUAGGUACAAGCUAUAUCAAUAUUUAAAUACGUGAAAUUUUUAAAUAGGAUAAUGUAUUUUGCCAAAAUAAGAAAAUAGAAAGGAGUGACGUCACCAAGAUGGUGACAAAGGUCAUUCCUGACUCCACUCCCCUUCACAAGAACUAACAACUAUUUAUGGACAGGAUACAUUGAGGGAAUCCUAGAACUCAAGAUUGAAGCCAAGGCACCCCUCUGAAUGACAAAGACCAAAAUGGACUACAUUAGAAGGGUCAGAGGAAUGGCUGCAUGUUGACCAAAUUGCUUCUCCCCCAGGACGGUGCAGCACCACACUGAGAGGUCUCCCCUGAGCCUACAGUUCCUCUAGUAGGAAGCGAGUGCCCAAGGGUGACAUCCAGCAUCCCAGCAUGGUGGGUCACUUCAUGAGAAGCCCUGCUCUGGUUUUGCCCCACAGGGACUGAAGGGGAAUUCGCAGGGCUCCACCACUGGGAGUCUGAUUGAGAUGAAGAAGUGGGGAGGGCUUCAAAUGACCAGCACUCAGGUCUUGGGUGAAGGAGUAUCUACCUUCAGAGCCCAAGCAGUAGUCUCAACCAGUAGCUUUGCUCAUCUGCAGUUUCAGGUGAGUAGUGCAGUCUGACCAGGGAAUUCACAGGGUGCAGGUCUGCCUAAUUUGGGUUUCCAAAUGAGUUCUAGCCCUGGAGCACAGUCUACCUACGCCCAGGUGGAAGAGCUGAACCAUACCCCAACCUGCUGCAGAUCGGGGCUCCUGGCUCCUCCUGAUCAGAAAACCUGUUUGGGAAAAUUUGGGAGUUGCCUGAAAUAGACCCUCUCAGUCCUGCCCAGGCAGGAGCCAGAUAGUCCUGCCUGCUGCACAGCAUUGCCCCCACCCUAUAUGACAAAGAGAACACCUGGAAGCUAUGUUAUCCAGCAACUCUUGAGCCAAGAAGUGGGUGAACAGAGCUGACUGCUCUCAGAGCCAAGCCAGUGGCCCAGUUUGACCACAGAACUUGGAGCAUGGAUUAGUUUAAGUCAAUAUCACAACAAAGAGCAUUACUGGCUUUCGAGCUGCUGCUUGCGCUGCACCCGAGCAGGGAAACUAGUUCGCAGACUCACAUUGUUGAAUACAGCCUUCAACCGACCCAACCAGGGAAACUUACCAGAACACACAGGAAGUUACACAGCCCCAAUGGCACUGUUUAAAGUGGCACCUGGACAGAAUGGCACCUAUCUACAGAGAAAAACUGAUGGUCUCACCUGACUAGGAUAUUCAGUGCACACUGUUGCCUGAUUUGGGUCCCAAACAACAAGCCAUGUGGGCAGGGAAGCUAAUUCAUAGCUCCAUCUACUGCUGAGUAGUCCCUACUGUCUACUAGGCCUGACCAGAGAAUCCAGGCAACUGCAAAACCCAUUCUACAACUUCACUUGAGUAGGGAACCAAGCCAGCAGUCCUAUCCAGCUGUCAUCAAUAGUGGCACACUCUCCCACCCCUAACCUCAUAGCUUAAACACUUGCCUCCCACAAAAGUUGACCCCAAUAGUAGCCCUACCUGCUGAAGGACAUUACCAGAAGACGGGUCCAGAAUCUCAGAUUGAGCUGACUGGUGGAGAAUGGUCUCUUUCAAAGCAAACCUGCCAAGUCUGGAAUAGGAGACCACUCACUCAAAUGUGCAUAUACCAACAUCAGGAAUCAAGGAUCAUGAAAAAUCAGGUAAGUAUGAAACCAUCAGAGGAAACUAAUAAAGCUCUAAAAACU